AUGGGUUCUUGGCUCAACAUAAUGCUCAUGUGUGGACUUCUCUUAGUGUCUCUUCAGAGAAACAAUGGAUUUCAUCUUCCUCGAUCCACAAGUGAUAAGGAUGAAAUGCUGGAAAGAAAGAAACUGCAGGACAUAAUCCAUUCCCUGCAGAAUCAUUAUAACACACUCGACACACAAUGGGUUGGAAAGACUAUUUUUGCUUCCCAUCUGGACCAGCUGAAUUCCAGGACCAGGGCCUCAUGCACUUGCCAGACGGUUUUGCUCGAGGGAAUGCUGAAAAUCUACGAAGAAAUCUUUACAGAUAUGAGAAACAAGUCUGAGAAGAAAGACGUGAAAACCAGUCUAGAAAACGUAAUGACAAAUGUGACAAAGCUGAGAAGCAAUUACAGUGAAGAACGGAAAGUAUGGAGAGAACUUCAGGAAAUUCACUCAAUAAAGGUGAAGAAUGGCACAAUCCAGAAAGGAGCCCUAAAUGAAUUUCUCAUGGUGUUUGAUCUAGCCAACUGAGGAAAAUACCACAUCUACAGAAAAAAAUCACCAGGACAAGACUCAUUGUAUGACCUUCUCUGGCUGUG